AUGGAAGAAAUAGAGAAAAAGAUUGCAACACAAGAGGGUAGAUUCUUUUCCAAGAUCAAGGUGUUUCUGCUGUCAUUAACAUGUGCAUGUUUAACCAAAUCACUAUCAGGAGUUUAUAUGAAUUCCAUGCUCACACAAAUAGAGAGACAAUUUGAUAUCUCCACAUCUAUAGCUGGAUUAAUCAAUGGGAGCUUUGAGAUUGGAAACCUUUUUUUCAUUGUAUUUGUGAGUUAUUUUGGAACAAAACUGCACAGACCUGUGAUGAUUGGUAUUGGAUGUGUGAUUAUGGGCCUGGGGUGUCUCUUAAUGUCAUUACCUCAUUUCUUCAUGGGCAUAUACGAAUAUGAAACAACAAUUUCACCUACAGGCAACUUGUCCUCAAACAGCUUCUUGUGUAUGGAGAACCGAACACAGACCUUAAAGCCAACGCAAGACCCAACAGAAUGUGUGAAAGAAAUGAAAUCAUUAAUGUGGAUAUGUGUAAUGGUAGGAAAUAUUAUACGUGGAAUUGGUGAAACUCCUAUUGUGCCCUUGGGUAUCUCUUACAUCGAAGACUUUGCCAAAUCAGAAAACUCUCCUUUAUACAUUGGGAUUUUAGAAAUGGGGAAGAUUGCUGGCCCAAUUUUUGGACUUUUGUUGGGAUCUUACUGUGCACGAAUUUAUGUAGACAUUGGGUCUGUGAAUACAGAUGACCUGACCAUAACACCCAGUGAUACACGCUGGGUUGGUGCUUGGUGGAUUGGCUUUUUGAUCUGUGCAGGAGUGAAUAUCCUGACCAGCAUCCCCUUUUUCUUUUUGCCGAAAGCACUUCCAAAGAAAGGACAACAGGAGAAUGUCGCUGUGACUAAAGAUGGCAAAGUUGAGAAAUAUAGAGGACAAGCCAGAGAGGAAAAUCUUGGAAUCACUAAAGAUUUCUUGACGUUCAUGAAGAGGCUCUUCUGCAAUCCGAUUUACAUGCUUUUCAUCCUUACAAGUGUGCUCCAGGUGAAUGGCUUUAUUAAUACAUUUACGUUCUUGCCCAAAUACCUGGAACAGCAGUAUGGAAAAUCUACUGCAGAGGCAAUAUUCCUCAUAGGUGUUUAUAGCUUACCUCCCGUAUGCCUCGGGUAUUUAAUUGGUGGCUUUAUUAUGAAGAAGUUUAAGAUUACUGUCAAGAAAGCUGCAUACCUAGCAUUUUGCCUAUCGGUGUUUGAAUAUCUUCUUUUUCUUUGUCACUUUAUGUUGACCUGUGACAAUGCAGCAGUUGCUGGAUUAACCACCUCUUACAAAGGAGUUCAGCACCAACUACAUGUGGAGAGCAAGGUCCUUGCUGACUGCAACACAAGGUGUAGCUGCUCAACGAACACAUGGGAUCCAGUGUGUGGAGACAAUGGUGUAGCAUACAUGUCAGCCUGCCUUGCGGGCUGUAAGAAGUUUGUUGGAACUGGAACCAACAUGGUGUUUCAGGAUUGCAGCUGCAUUCAGUCAUUAGGAAACUCGUCUGCAGUCCUGGGUCUGUGUAAAAAAGGUCCUGAGUGUGCCAACAGGCUGCAGUACUUUUUAAUCUUAACAAUAAUUAUCAGUUUCAUCUACUCACUUACAGCCAUACCUGGGUACAUGGUUUUUCUGAGGUCUGUCAAGUCUGAAGAGAAGUCACUUGGAGUUGGAUUACAUACAUUUUGCACACGAGUAUUUGCUGGUAUUCCUGCACCUGUUUACUUUGGCGCUUUGCUAGACAGAACCUGUUUACAUUGGGGAACCCUGAAAUGUGGUCAGCGAGGGGCAUGCAGGAUGUAUGACAUAAACAGUUUCAGGCACAUUUACCUGGGGUUGCCUAUAGCACUAAGAGGAUCAAGCUAUCUCCCUGCACUCUUCAUUCUGAUACUUAUGAGGAAAUUCCAGUUCCCCGGGGACAUUGACUCUCCAGCAACUGAUCAUACAGAGAUGAUGCUCACAGAGAAGGAAAGUGAGUGCACAGAUGUGCAUGGAAGUCCUCAGGUCGAGAAUGACGGAGAACUGAAAACGAAGCUGUAA